CAUAACUGCGGACACAGUGAAGACGUUUCUGUCAACUGUUCGGCACAUCUUAGCAUCACGUUGCGUCUCGUCGGAGGUCAAACACCAUACGAGGGAAGAGUAGAAGUAUAUCACAAUGGAGUUUGGGGAACAAUUUGUGAUGAUGGUUGGACUGCAAAAGACACUGCUUUUGUCUGUCGCGCAUUUGGAUUCUCUGCAGAAAAUGCUACUGCCUUAUCUGGUAAUCCGUAUGGCGUGGCGACUGGCCCAAUACACUUGGAUGACGUCUCUUGUGUCGGGAGCGAAAGCAGAAUUGACCAGUGUCAGCACAAUGGAUGGGGAAACCAUAACUGCGGACACAGUGAAGACGUUGCUGUCAACUGUUCAGCACGUCUUAACAACACGUUGCGUCUCGUCGGAGGUCAAACACCAUACGAGGGAAGAGUAGAAGUAUAUCACAAUGGAGUUUGGGGAACAAUUUGUGAUGAUGGUUGGACUGCAAAAGACACUACUUUUGUCUGUCAAGCAUUUGGAUUCUCUGCAGAAAAUGCUACUGCCUUAUCUGGUAAUCCGUAUGGCGUGGCGACUGGCCCAAUACACUUGGAUGACGUCUCUUGUAUCGGGAACGAAAGUAGAAUUGACCAGUGUCAACACAAUGGAUGGGGAACCCAUAACUGCGGACACAGUGAAGACGUUUCUGUCAACUGUUCGGCACAUCUUAGCAUCACCUUGCGUCUCGUCGGAGGUCAAACACCAUACGAGGGAAGAGUAGAAGUAUAUCACAAUGGAGUUUGGGGAACAAUUUGUGAUGAUGGUUGGACUGCAAAAGACACUGCUUUUGUCUGUCGCGCAUUUGGAUUCUCUGCAGAAAAUGCUACUGCGUUAUCUGGUAAUCCGUAUGGCGUGGCGACUGGCCCAAUACACUUGGAUGACGUCUCUUGUGUCGGGAGCGAAAGCAGAAUUGACCAGUGUCAGCACAAUGGAUGGGGAAACCAUAACUGCGGACACAGUGAAGACGUUGCUGUCAACUGUUCAGCACGUCUUAACAACACGUUGCGUCUCGUCGGAGGUCAAACACCAUACGAGGGAAGAGUAGAAGUAUAUCACAAUGGAGUUUGGGGAACAAUUUGUGAUGAUGGUUGGACUGCAAAAGACACUACUUUUGUCUGUCAAGCAUUUGGAUUCUCUGCAGAAAAUGCUACUGUCUUAUCUGGUAAUCCGUAUGGCGUGGCGACUGGCCCAAUACACUUGGAUGACGUCUCUUGUAUCGGGAACGAAAGUAGAAUUGACCAGUGUCAACACAAUGGAUGGGGAACCCAUAACUGCGGACACAGUGAAGACGUUUCUGUCAACUGUUCGGCACAUCUUAGCAUCACGUUGCGUCUCGUCGGAGGUCAAACACCAUACGAGGGAAGAGUAGAAGUAUAUCACAAUGGAGUUUGGGGAACAAUUUGUGAUGAUGGUUGGACUGCAAAAGACACUGCUUUUGUCUGUCGCGCAUUUGGAUUCUCUGCAGAAAAUGCUACUGCGUUAUCUGGUAAUCCGUAUGGCGUGGCGACUGGCCCAAUACACUUGGAUGACGUCUCUUGUGUCGGGAGCGAAAGCAGAAUUGACCAGUGUCAGCACAAUGGAUGGGGAAACCAUAACUGCGGACACAGUGAAGACGUUGCUGUCAACUGUUCAGCACGUCUUAACAACACGUUGCGUCUCGUCGGAGGUCAAACACCAUACGAGGGAAGAGUAGAAGUAUAUCACAAUGGAGUUUGGGGAACAAUUUGUGAUGAUGGUUGGACUGCAAAAGACACUACUUUUGUCUGUCAAGCAUUUGGAUUCUCUGCAGAAAAUGCUACUGCCUUAUCUGGUAAUCCGUAUGGCGUGGCGACUGGCCCAAUACACUUGGAUGACGUCUCUUGUAUCGGGAACGAAAGUAGAAUUGACCAGUGUCAACACAAUGGAUGGGGAACCCAUAACUGCGGACACAGUGAAGACGUUUCUGUCAACUGUUCGGCACAUCUUAGCAUCACGUUGCGUCUCGUCGGAGGUCAAACACCAUACGAGGGAAGAGUAGAAGUAUAUCACAAUGGAGUUUGGGGAACAAUUUGUGAUGAUGGUUGGACUGCAAAAGACACUGCUUUUGUCUGUCGCGCAUUUGGAUUCUCUGCAGAAAAUGCUACUGCGUUAUCUGGUAAUCCGUAUGGCGUGGCGACUGGCCCAAUACACUUGGAUGACGUCUCUUGUGUCGGGAGCGAAAGCAGAAUUGACCAGUGUCAGCACAAUGGAUGGGGAAACCAUAACUGCGGACACAGUGAAGACGUUGCUGUCAACUGUUCGGCACGUCUUAACAACACGUUGCGUCUCGUCGGAGGUCAAACACCAUACGAGGGAAGAGUAGAAGUAUAUCACAAUGGAGUUUGGGGAACAAUUUGUGAUGAUGGUUGGACUGCAAAAGACACUACUUUUGUCUGUCAAGCAUUUGGAUUCUCUGCAGAAAAUGCUACUGCCUUAUCUGGUAAUCCGUAUGGCGUGGCGACUGGCCCAAUACACUUGGAUGACGUCUCUUGUAUCGGGAACGAAAGUAGAAUUGACCAGUGUCAACACAAUGGAUGGGGAACCCAUAACUGCGGACACAGUGAAGACGUUUCUGUCAACUGUUCGGCACAUCUUAGCAUCACGUUGCGUCUCGUCGGAGGUCAAACACCAUACGAGGGAAGAGUAGAAGUAUAUCACAAUGGAGUUUGGGGAACAAUUUGUGAUGAUGGUUGGACUGCAAAAGACACUGCUUUUGUCUGUCGCGCAUUUGGAUUCUCUGCAGAAAAUGCUACUGCCUUAUCUGGUAAUCCGUAUGGCGUGGCGACUGGCCCAAUACACUUGGAUGACGUCUCUUGUGUCGGGAGCGAAAGCAGAAUUGACCAGUGUCAGCACAAUGGAUGGGGAAACCAUAACUGCGGACACAGUGAAGACGUUGCUGUCAACUGUUCGGCACGUCUUAACAACACGUUGCGUCUCGUCGGAGGUCAAACACCAUACGAGGGAAGAGUAGAAGUAUAUCACAAUGGAGUUUGGGGAACAAUUUGUGAUGAUGGUUGGACUGCAAAAGACACUACUUUUGUCUGUCAAGCAUUUGGAUUCUCUGCAGAAAAUGCUACUGCCUUAUCUGGUAAUCCGUAUGGCGUGGCGACUGGCCCAAUACACUUGGAUGACGUCUCUUGUAUCGGGAACGAAAGUAGAAUUGACCAGUGUCAACACAAUGGAUGGGGAACCCAUAACUGCGGACACAGUGAAGACGUUUCUGUCAACUGUUCGGCACAUCUUAGCAUCACGUUGCGUCUCGUCGGAGGUCAAACACCAUACGAGGGAAGAGUAGAAGUAUAUCACAAUGGAGUUUGGGGAACAAUUUGUGAUGAUGGUUGGACUGCAAAAGACACUGCUUUUGUCUGUCGCGCAUUUGGAUUCUCUGCAGAAAAUGCUACUGCCUUAUCUGGUAAUCCGUAUGGCGUGGCGACUGGCCCAAUACACUUGGAUGACGUCUCUUGUGUCGGGAGCGAAAGCAGAAUUGACCAGUGUCAGCACAAUGGAUGGGGAAACCAUAACUGCGGACACAGUGAAGACGUUGCUGUCAACUGUUCGGCACGUCUUAACAACACGUUGCGUCUCGUCGGAGGUCGAACACCAUACGAGGGAAGAGUAGAAGUAUAUCACAAUGGAGUUUGGGGAACAAUUUGUGAUGAUGGUUGGACUGCAAAAGACACUACUUUUGUCUGUCAAGCAUUUGGAUUCUCUGCAGAAAAUGCUACUGCCUUAUCUGGUAAUCCGUAUGGCGUGGCGACUGGCCCAAUACACUUGGAUGACGUCUCUUGUAUCGGGAACGAAAGUAGAAUUGACCAGUGUCAACACAAUGGAUGGGGAACCCAUAACUGCGGACACAGUGAAGACGUUUCUGUCAACUGUUCGGCACAUCUUAGCAUCACGUUGCGUCUCGUCGGAGGUCAAACACCAUACGAGGGAAGAGUAGAAGUAUAUCACAAUGGAGUUUGGGGAACAAUUUGUGAUGAUGGUUGGACUGCAAAAGACACUGCUUUUGUCUGUCGCGCAUUUGGAUUCUCUGCAGAAAAUGCUACUGCCUUAUCUGGUAAUCCGUAUGGCGUGGCGACUGGCCCAAUACACUUGGAUGACGUCUCUUGUGUCGGGAGCGAAAGCAGAAUUGACCAGUGUCAGCACAAUGGAUGGGGAAACCAUAACUGCGGACACAGUGAAGACGUUGCUGUCAACUGUUCGGCACGUCUUAACAACACGUUGCGUCUCGUCGGAGGUCAAACACCAUACGAGGGAAGAGUAGAAGUAUAUCACAAUGGAGUUUGGGGAACAAUUUGUGAUGAUGGUUGGACUGCAAAAGACACUACUUUUGUCUGUCAAGCAUUUGGAUUCUCUGCAGAAAAUGCUACUGUCUUAUCUGGUAAUCCGUAUGGCGUGGCGACUGGCCCAAUACACUUGGAUGACGUCUCUUGUAUCGGGAACGAAAGUAGAAUUGACCAGUGUCAACACAAUGGAUGGGGAACCCAUAACUGCGGACACAGUGAAGACGUUUCUGUCAACUGUUCGGCACAUCUUAGCAUCACGUUGCGUCUCGUCGGAGGUCAAACACCAUACGAGGGAAGAGUAGAAGUAUAUCACAAUGGAGUUUGGGGAACAAUUUGUGAUGAUGGUUGGACUGCAAAAGACACUGCUUUUGUCUGUCGCGCAUUUGGAUUCUCUGC